AUGAUGUCUCGACGGGCCCGGAUUCGAGCUCCGAGAAAGAAUCUUACUGUGGACGCCGAUUUUGAGUCGUCUUGGCCCAUUUUGUCGGCAGCUAUUAAAGAAAUACACAGGAAAGAUGCUUCUCGGCUUUCAUUUGAGGAACUAUAUCGAACAGCAUAUACUAUUGUCAUUAGGAAAAACGGAAAGCGGUUGUAUGAAGCAGUAAAGGCUGAGGUGCGGGCUCACCUGGAGUCAGAGCUCAAUACCCGCCUGCUGCCAAAGUACAAGGGCACUAAACUAAACAAGGCCGAUGAUGGCAAAUCAGCUUCAUCAACAUCCUCAACUACAACUCUGGCUUCAACUGAACCAAAUAUUGAGCUUCUUACAGUGACGCUUGGGGUGUGGAACGACCAUUGCAUCUGCAUGCGGAUGAUUAGCGACAUUCUCAUGUACCUGGAUCGUGUCUAUUCCCGCGAAGCCGAUGUGCCUUUGAUUUAUGAUGCUGGCUUAUCAAUAUUUCGUGAUGUUGUUUUUAAUUCUGUUAUAGAGAAAGAAAUUUAUUGCGCUAUUCUAGGGCUACUACGCAAAGACCGCGAAGGCAUUACCGCUGACCGACCUAUUAUCAAAUCAGUAGUGAGCAUGCUUGAGUACCUCCCUGAUACAGCCCUCAUGGGAAAAUCGAUUUAUAUUGGUCGGUUUGAGCCCAUUUUAUUUGAAGAUACGGAAAAGUAUUAUCAGGAUGCCGCCGAUAAUCUCCUCGUGGCAAACCAUAACGCAUCAAUUUAUAUUUCUCGAACAAAUUCCUGGAUCAAAGACGAGAACCAGCGCUGCAACAUGUAUCUUUUACCGUCAUCUUUGUCAAGACUGCAGCUUGGUGUCCAGCGAGUUUUAAUUACUGACCGAUUCCCCAAGGUUCUUGCUAUUCCAGAAAACGGCUUUAAGCACUGGAUUGAUACGGACCAGUAUCAGGAUAUCAAGACGACCUAUGAGCUGUAUCAGAUGGUCACUAGCACAUUUGAUGUUUUGAAGGAUAUUUUACAGGCAGCCGUUAUUGAGCGAGGAAUGGAGAUUAACCAGCGAUCGAUAGCUGCGCUGCAGGCAGCAAAGCAGGCACGAAGUGGAGGGCAUAACAGUACUGAAAAGGGCAAGGGCAAGUCCGAUUCUCAGAGCCCGACAGCUAUUGCUAUCCAAUGGGUGGAAAUGGUUCUUACAUUAAAGGAGAAGUUUGACAAAAUAAUCAAAGAAAGUCUUUACCAAAAUAGCGGUAUCAAUCAAGCUGUUGAUAAUAGCUUUGCAGAGUUUAUUAACAAGAACAACAAGGUGUCUGAGUAUCUUUCACUGUUUAUUGAUGAUAACUUAAAGAAGUCACUCAAGGGUAAGACGGAGAUGGAGAUUGAAGAUACAUUGGAGAAGUCGAUUGUAUUGUUUCGGUUUAUCCAAGACAAAGAUGUUUUUGAAAACUAUUACAAGGCGCAUUUGGCCAAGAGAUUGCUCAACAGCAAGUCUUUGUCUGACGAUAUCGAGCGAAGCAUGAUUGCCAAGCUAAAGAUGGAGAUUGGUACAUCGUUUACUUCAAGACUCGAGGGCAUGUUUAAAGACAUGAAGAUUUCACAAGAGAUGAUGAUUGAAUACAAAGAAGAGAAUGAAGAGGACGAAACAGUGAAGAGAGCCAAGUCUGAAACACCUGGCACGCCAACUCCUGAGACCAAGAAGGGUCGAGUGGACAUUUCUGUGAAUGUUUUAACGUCAACAUUUUGGCCUGUAAGCGUUGUUUCCUCGCAGGUUAAAUGUAAUUAUCCUGACGUUAUUGAACAAGAGCGGCUUCGGUUUGAGCGGUUUUACUUAAAACGACAUACUGGACGAAAACUUGCAUGGAAUUCUGCACUGGGAACCGCGGAUGUUAAGGUGAGGUUUGCAAAGAGAGUGCAUGAAAUCAACAUGCCGACGCUAGCAAUGAUUAUUCUGCUGCAGUUUACAGAGAUGACCGAUCCCGUUGGACUGACUUUUGAGCAGUUGUACGAAGCAACAAACAUCUCUAAACCGGAUUUAGUAAGGCAUCUGCAAUCGCUGGCUGUUGCUCCUCGGACUCGUAUUUUGCGUAAAGUACCUAUGUCCAAAGAUGUAAAGCCUAGUGAUAAAUUCUUCUUUAACAACAAGUUUGAGUCAUCAAUGACACGAUUCAAGGUGCUAGCUGUGUCAUCAUCAAGCAAGGUGGAAACGGAUUCAGAGAAAAAAGAGACGCUGGCUAAGGUGGGCCAAACACGCAAGUACGAGGUGGAUGCAGCUAUUGUGAGAGUUAUGAAGACACGUAAGCGAAUGGAUCAUGGAAUGCUUGUGCAAGAUGUGAUUUCACAGCUCAAGCAACGGUUCAAGGCUGAUCAGGCUCUCAUCAAGUCUCGAAUUGACAACUUGCUUGAGCGUGAGUACCUAGAACGGGACCCAGAUGAGCGACAAAUUUACAACUAUCUUGCUUAA